AUGAGCUAUGGCCGAGGCAAAAAUCUACUACUCCACGAGUACAGAGCGGGGGUUGUGCCACUGGCGCGAGUUUCUGCCGUGAGAGACCUCGGGGUGCAGUUCAGAAGUGACUUGAACUUCCGAGAGCAUAUUACUAGUAUCUGCAAGCAAGCAUUCCAAAGACUGGGUUUCAUCCUUAGACGAUGUCAGAGCUUCUCUAAUACGGUGGCCGUCAGAACAUUAUACAAUGCCCUGGUAAGAAGCAAACUGGAAUGCAAUGCAAUUGUUUGGAGUCCUCACCAGGACAAGUAUAUUACGAUGUUGGAACGCAUGCAGAACAAGUUCACAAGGUUCUUGUAUCUAAAAAUGUACGGUGUUUACCCCUUCUACCCACUCAUGUAUCCAACGUUGUUUGUGCUGGGAAUGGUGGGGUACAACAAACUCGAAGUCAGAAGAAACUUAGCCCUGGUGAUGUUCCUUACCAAAGUAGUGCGGGGACUGGAAUGCAACCCUAAUGUGCUAAAAUUGUUAAAAUUUGUCGUACCAAGCAGUUCACUCCGCCGCCGCAAGAACAGAAUGUUCGAGGUGCCGCUGGGAAAGACGGCUCUGGUCAAUGAAGCACCCCUCACUAGAGGCAUUCGCCUAUUAAACAUACUGGCAGAUGAGAUCGACAUCCUGGUAUGCAAGAUGAGCGAGCUAGAGAAAGCAGUCAUUUAUCUCAUGUGCUACGGAAAUACAAAAUAA